AUGAUGUGCCUUAUUAUGAGCAAGACGAAAGAAAGUGCUGCGCGAAACAUCUUUGAUUUGAUUGAACGUAUUUUCAGAAUUGUUCCUCAUCCCGGCGACGAGUGCGACGGCUGCGACGCGUGCGACGGCAGCAUGGCGUCGGAGGAGGGGCACACGGUGUAUCUGGGCGGGUUGCCCUUCGACAGCGACGAGGGUGCCAUCAAGAAGGUUUUCGAAGAGUUCGGCGAAGUCCUUUCCGCGAAGGUGAUAUACGACAGGGAGACGGGCAAGGCGAGGGGCUUUGGCUUCGUCACCUUCGCAUCGCCCAAGGCAGCUCAGGACGCCAUCAAGGCCAUGGACGGCGAGAUAGUGGACGGGCGGCCAAUCAAGGUGUCGGAGGGGGGUGCAGGGGGCGAGUCGCUGGAGGCGCUGCGGGAGGCAGUGGAGCGAGCGAGGCGGGAGAAGCAGAGUGUGGCAGCACAGAUGCAGCAGCUGGAGCAGGCACUUCAGAGGGCGACGGCCACGGAAGUGAGCCUCAAGGAGCGCAUCAAGGUGCUGGAGGCGGCCAAGAAGCAGGUGGCUGCUGGGUACGAGGAGAAGCUGGCGCUUCACAGCAAGGCAUUAGCAGCGGUGGCGAGGGUGCAGGAGGCACAGGAGACUCUUGCAGCGAGACAGAGAGAGCUGCAGCUGCUGCUGCAGCCAGCGCUAAUAACAGCACUAAAUGACAAGGAGGGUACAGUAGCAGCAGCAGCAGCGGGCAUGGGAGCAGCAGUGACGCCAUCGCCAGGAGUGGCAGUGGGGUCGGGCAUGUCGUCUCUCUCCCAGCAGCCGCUCUCCUCGCCCCUGCCUGCCAUGCUGCUGCCCUCCCAGCUGCACGCUCUGCAGCAACAGCACCAGGGGCAGCAGGCAGGGGGACAGCAGCAGGGGCAGGGGCAACAGCCAGGGCAGCAAGGCAUGUACACAGCUUCGCCAGCAGCGUCGCAGCAGCAAGGGCUGGCACAGGGAGUGGUGCUGCCGGAGCGGACCCCCAAGCUGCCCAUCCUGCUGCCAUUGCAGGCACAGCAGCAGGGGCAGCAGGUGUGA